AUGAAGUUCUUCCAAGUUAUUGUCAUGCUUGCUGUCUUCGCUACCGCUGGCAGAAGCACCGUUGCUACUGGUGUGAAGCACGCGGAAGAGGGUGUGGGCAAGCACCCUAUUAGGGCUCCCGUCUUGAUGUCAUAUCAUCAGGGAGCUGAUGCUGCGAAGUUUAUGCAGAUGAGCAAGAUUCUAGAGAAGAAGAGAUUGCUGCAGUCCAAGAAGAUGUCCAGGAAGACGCACUCUCUUAGACACUGA